AGUAGAUGCUCCCUCUGUCUUUCCUUUGCCACUGUUUUGUUUUUUUUUUUUUUCAAAGACGAUUUUCUCUUCUUGCAUCUCAUUCAAACCCCCCCGAGGCAUUUUCUGGCAAGUGAUUACAGCACACUCCUCCUCACUGUGGCACUGCCUCGUCUUCAUUGUCAACGCUAAAUACGCAAACGCAUCCUUUCCUAACCUCUGUCUGCAAAACUGUAUUUUGGAUUUUCACCAAGACGUAAUGCAAGCACACAUGGACGCAGGUGAGGGAUGAAUCCUUGAAGGGAAAAGAGGUUUCAUGUGUGCAUGGAAGGGGCAAGAGAGAAGCAACCAAGACACCGGGAACAUAUCGACAUCCCGUUGUCUUGUCCUCUCUCUCCCAUUCUGACUCUGCCUCUAUCUCUCCCCCACCCAUGCCUCUCUGCCUGAGACACACAGCCCUCGCUCACACUUGAUACAGAGCUGUGAGGAGCAGAAGGAGCGGGGUGGCAGUAGAGGAGAGCCAGAAACCGGAGGGGGGGGAAGAAAAAAAAAAAAGGACUGCACAGUUUUGGGGAGUGGAGUAGUUGUGAGAUGCCUCGAAGAGACAGCUACACCCACAAAGACCUGAAGGUGUUGAGCUUCAGUUGAGGAUGGCGGGAGAUUCCAGAAUCCUCAUGGACCACAACAUGGAGAUAGGUGUCACGCCUGCACAGGUGAAGAAGCUUCCUAAGCACUUACGGGAGGCCCAGAUAUCAACAGAGCGAACACACUUGAUAUCCGACCCCUCCAAGAAGCCACGUCAACGCUAUGUGCAAAAGGACGGCAAAUGUAACGUUCAUCAUGGAAACGUGCAAGAGACCUACCGUUACCUCAGUGACUUGUUCACCACACUCGUCGACCUCCGCUGGCGUCUCAGUCUCUUUAUUUUCACGCUCGUCUAUGUCGUCAACUGGCUUUUCUUUGGCUUCCUGUGGUGGCUGAUCGCGCUCAUCCGCGGGGAUCUGUUGCAUGCGGAUGAAGAGGGCUGGACCCCUUGCGUGGAGAACCUCAACAGUUUUGUCUCCGCUUUCCUCUUCUCCAUUGAAACUGAGACCACCAUUGGGUACGGCUAUCGGGUCAUCACGGAAAAAUGCCCAGAAGGUAUCAUCCUGCUUUUGGUGCAGGCCAUCCUGGGUUCCAUUGUGAACGCCAUGAUGGUUGGCUGCAUGUUUGUCAAGAUCUCACAGCCAAAGAACCGCGCCGAGACCCUCAUGUUUUCGCACAACGCUGUCAUAUCGGUGCGAGACAACAAGAUGUGCCUGAUGUUUCGGGUGGGGGACCUGAGGAAUUCUCACAUUGUGGAGGCCUCCAUCCGAGCAAAGCUUAUCCGCUCGCAGCAGACCAAGGAGGGGGAGUUCAUCCCGCUCAACCAAACUGAUAUCAACAUCGGCUUUGACACGGGAGAUGAUCGCCUGUUCCUGGUGUCGCCGCUCAUCAUCUCGCACGAGAUCAACGAAAAGAGCCCCUUCUGGGAGAUGUCCAUGGCACAAAUGGAGAAGGAGGAAUUUGAGAUCGUGGUCAUCCUCGAGGGCAUGGUGGAGGCCACAGGGAUGACGUGUCAAGCCAGGAGUUCCUAUCUGGACACAGAAGUGCUUUGGGGUUACCGCUUUACACCGGUUCUCUCUCUGGAGAAGGGCUUCUAUGAGGUCGAUUACAACAACUUCCACGACGUCUAUGAGACCAACACCCCCGCGUGCAGCGCCAAGGAAAUGGCGGCGAAGCUUCGGGAUGGGCCGCUAUUGCCGCAGCUGUCGCUGUUGAGCACCGAACCAAAAAUGCAUACUUUUGGCCUGUCUGACUUGGACCCACUUAACCAGGAUGAAGACAAGGAGGAAAGAGAAUCAGGAGGUGACAAAGGAGAGACUAACGGCUCGGCGGCUGCUUUGGAGGAGACUCCCUUUGCUGACGGAUUGCCUGGCUGAUUAGCCAUCAGACAAAAAAAAAAAAAAAAAAAAACUCAACCGGAGAGGAUUGGACAGUAUGAUAUUUAAUUUAGUCAAUGGCCAUCUUGUCGCAUUGCAAAGCUUAGAGAAACAGAAAGUGUUCUCCAGCCACUGAACCAUGCAAUACUCCUCUUCUCGUACUAGAGCAUCAAUCUAUAGAAUGGAUUGCUUUUUAGACAUGUACUGUAAGCACCAACGCACAUCUAUAUCGUCACAUAAAAGUUGGUUUUAACUGAUUGUCUUUUUAUAAUCUUAUCAUCAUACCCACCGACCACGAUGCCAGCUAACAACAGCAGGGUACACACAAAGACGACAUGACAAGACAAUACAGCAUUAUAUUGUUCAAACGGUGUGAGGUGUACUCAUAACACAGCACACCACACACUUGAUCUGUCCGCCGACAAUCAGAGUCUUGUCCGCCCAAAAACAGAAGUCUCACGUGAGCAAACGACAUAGAAGCCGGACUGACCUGUGAGAGGCAGAAAUCCGCAGGUGGGUAUCCAGACUGCUAGGGGAAAAAAAACAACAACAAAUAAAGCAAGCAGCAGCGGGAAGGCUACCUGUAAGAAUUUCUUGCCACAACUUCUCCUUUGUCAUUUCUUUUUUGCGGUAAGAUUUGGAUAACACUCAACUCAAUGAGCUGACUCUCUGAUUCUGAAGUCCUCUCACUGUGAGCUUUGCAUCUGUUGCCAUUGCCGUUUGUUUCUUUUCAUAUGCUCAUGUGAUGAUUGGUAAUCGUUUCGUGACACUGAACGGUCCCAGAGCUCCAUGUCCUGUCGACAAUAUUCCAACAUGAAUAUUGAACAUGAUGCCUAUUUGUCGGCUCUAACCAGGGAAGGUAAAGGAUGACUGGACAGGAUAAUCAUCACACAUCAGUUGAUGGGGUCUUUUGCCGGCUUUGGCUGGAACAGGGAGAAUCAGGAUCAGACUCAGGAUUAUCUUUAUGUGUGUGCCCUGCUUGACUUGUACGAGAUUUGUAUGAGAAAGUUGAGCUGAUACCAGUAGACGAGACAGAUUGCACUGUGCUCCUUAUGGAUAUAGCUGAUUUCGCUAAUGGAUAUGCUAGUCUCUUCACUCGGAUGGCAUGCUCUCAGUAUGGGCUAAUUACUUGUCGGAACAUAUACAAUGCGAUCCAAAUGCAACCUGAACUCAACCAAUAUGCAGUUUUCGUUUGUGUAGCUUCACAUCCGUGUGACAUCGAAUUUUUUGCCCUAAAAGAAUCCAGCUUGCACCUCAUUCUAUGCUUAUUUUUGGGGUAAUUAGCUGUAGCAGAGGCUGGUGCAGGAAGAUGCUAUUGUGUGGCUGACUGACUUGAAGUAAGAUUCCGCCCUCCCCCCCCCCGACUAUUGUGAAGUGUCAUUUCAUCAAAAGCAGUAGUAAAUACGAAAUGAGCAACGGUUAACAUGCUUUUUGAAAUUGACAAGACAGUCUCGGCAUUGUGUUACAGAAGCCCAGCCAAUUGAUUCCUAUGCGACGACUCGUAUUGUGGUCAAGACCACAUAAAAUGAAACCCAUGUCAAGACCAAAACUGUCUUUGAGGACCAAGAAAACCGAGGCAGCCUAUAUUAAAUCUUUCAGAAAUCUAUAAAAUGUGAAGAAAAUGGCGGUCACUCAUCGUGUAGUGUUUGAUGGGGCUGAAUUUCACGCAGCCAGUGUGGAAUUGAUUUGCGCUCAAUUACCGCAGGUGUGGAUGUGAGUGGGAAUGCUUGUAAGUCUGUGCUGUCGACCAUCUGGGGUCAACCCAAUCCAGUCUCUGUUUGUCCAUUGACCUUGGAUAACCCGCAGUUACCAGUGACCCUGAUAAGCUGUGGAAAACGGCUCGACGGAUGGUCAUUUCAGCAGCUGAAAUUCAGCUAAUAAAACAAAAUACUGGUUCAGUAUCCAAUCACGGUCGUUACUUUCAAAAACAAAUAAGACAAUGCUCGGCUGAAGCACUCCUGUUGCUGCAGUUUUGGUCUUGACAAUGAAUCCAGUGACCUAUUUUCUCCAGUUUGAUACCUGACUCAGCUAAAAUGCAAUCAAUGACUCUUAAUCGGUCCCGAGACCAAGACAAAACUAUCUUUAAAUCAUCAACUAAUACAGUAUUACACAGUACUGUGCAAAAGUCUUAGUUUACUCCUAGUUUUAUGUAUUGUUUUUUUUUUUUUUCUGGCAUUCGGAUUUAGAAAAACUAUCAUUGAUAGGAGGAGUGGAAUAAGCCAUAACAUUUCGGUGGAUGAUCAAGACAAAAUUGAAGGUACGGUAUCACUGGUACUAUGCACCCCCAUUUAAAAAAAAAAAAAAAAAAAAAGCAUUACAAACAAAUUGGCACUGCCCAUCUUUUUGUCAUCCUCCCAAAAAAUAUGAAAUUGCUUGUGAUCUUGAAAAACAGACAGACUGUCUUCACUUCUUCACAGUCAUGAACUUGACUGAGUGACAUUCAAGUCACAUUUAGCCAUCGUAGGAUUGUUCAAACAACAAAGCAAUUGGUGACCUUGACUUUUGCGUAGUAAACCGAAUCCCUUUGAUGACGGUAGGUUUGAUGAGGGCGAUUAAAUUACCCAACGGGCUACUACUGCUGGUUGAUGCAUGCUGGUUCUUGGUGGAAGUGGCUCUUGAUUUUAUAGCAACUGUUUUUCCAUCCCUCCAUCCAUAAAAGAAACGAUCCCAUGUGUGUUUAUGGAAUAUUUAUUCAUAAGGGAAUCUACCUGCAUAAACACUUGCCUACAGCAACGACGGGAAAAGCUUCCCUGUCUCAUCUCCAUCAUUUGGGGUGUUUCAUGAUGACUCUCACUGGUCCUCACCAUAUUACUUGAAGGGUUCUUCAUCAUUCUCCAUUUUCAGGCUCCAUUUGUUUGCCAAACUGUCCUUUGUCUUCUGUUUAAUGGGCCUUGUUUGGAAGCAGACAAGUGUUUCUGAUCGGGCCAUAGCGGACAGUAGUCAAUUGACUUGCAUGAGGUGACCCCUAUAUCCUCAACUUCUAAGUAUAAAAUACAUUUUAACACAGUUCAAGAUACAGGGUAUUUUCUAGGCACGUAAAAUGUCUGCAAUAUAAAUGACAUUUUAAUAUCCAACUGUCAUUGAUUAAAUUAUAGAUCCCUAAUCGUUUUCGAAUGCUCAAUUUUCCUUUUUCGAGGAUGUAUUUAUUUUCACUGCAUCUGACUAUGUAUCCCAUUUUCCAAAUGAUAGGUUUGUUGUUAGAGAGCCGUCAUCUUUCCUCGCAGGAAUGUCAUCUGUUUUGUUCUCAUGGGAAUAAACAUAAUACAGCCAUAAG